UUUCUCUCUGGGCGCGUUUCACACUCACUCUCUUCCAUUGCUUUCCGGCGACGAGCACACAUCACGGCGCUGGCAUGGGUUUCCGGACAAUUUAUGCAUUGACCUGCGCAACAGCGACAUGACAACCCUCCGAGCAUUCCGCAUCCCGAAAUAGCUCGCCAAAAGAAAAAUAUAACCCGAGUCUGCGACAGUGCGACAAGCAGCGAUAUAGAUCGUCAUGGUCUCGGGAGCGGCAGCUGUGGCGAUGCGCCGCGCCACGCUGCUCCCGCAACGCGGCCUCGAACGCGGCCUCGGCCAUGCGAGCAUACCAGCGGCCGCCGUAGCCGCUGUUGUUCCUCUCCCCGCCACGACCCUCGCCAUCACAUGCCGACCGACCACCCGCACUUUCUCUUCCGGUUUCGGGGCCCCGAAGACCCCUUCGAUACCCCGGACGCCGGCGUCCACCGCCCCCGCGAGCACUACGUCGUGUCUGCCUGCCGGGCCCCGGCAAUGGCUGGGACAGCCCAGAUGGGCGUCGCCGGCCAGCGCGCUUCGAUACCUCUCGAUGACGCGCUCGACUCUCCAGCAGGAGAAAGGGGGCUUGAGGGGAGUAGGAGUCACAGCCGGCAAUAAAAACGCCCCAGCUACGACGGAUCCGAAAGAGGAGGAGGUUGGCGCCGAGCCUCUCGAAGCCCGCGACUUCCACAGGAGCGAGAAGGCGGCCAAGGCGGCCCAGAUCAACAUGAGCGCGCGGCUCUCUAAGGAAGGCGUUGGCGCGCGGGGCAAGCCCGGCUUGUCCGAAGUCUGGAGGCUCAUCAAGAUCGCCCGGCCCGAGAUCAAGUGGUUGAGUGCCGCCUUUGUCCUGCUCCUCAUCUCCUCGGCCGUCACCAUGUCGAUCCCCUUCUCCGUGGGCAGGAUCAUGGAUAUCUCCACCCAGGGCUCGAUCGACGAAGCCAAGAUCUUCGGAGUCACCCUUCGGCAGUUCUUCUACGGCCUAGCUGCGGUCCUGACCAUCGGCGCGUCGGCCAACUUUGGGCGCAUAAUACUGCUCCGCAUCGUGGGCGAGCGCGUCGUGGCGCGGCUGCGCACCCAGCUGUACCGCCGCACGUACGUGCAGGACGCCGAGUUCUUCGACGCCAAUAGGGUCGGCGACCUGAUCUCGCGCCUGAGCUCGGACACGGUCGUCGUCGGCAAGAGCAUCACGCAGAACCUGUCCGACGGCCUGCGGGCGCUGGUCAGCGGCGCGGCCGGCUUCGUCAUGAUGGCCUGGCUGAGCCCGAAGCUGACGUCCGUCAUCUUCGUCAUGGUGCCGCCGAUGGCCAUCGGCGCGUUCCUGUACGGGCGCAGCAUCCGGCAGCUGAGCAGGCAGAUCCAGAAGAACCUCGGCACCAUGAGCAAGAUCGCCGAAGAGCGGCUGGGCAACGUCAAGACGAGCCAGGCCUUCGCCGGCGAGGUCCAGGAGAUCCACCGGUACAGCAACCAGGUCAGGAAGGUCUUCUCGCUCGGCCGGAAGGAGGCCUUCAUCUCGGGCACCUUCUUCGCCUCGACCAGCUGGGGCGGCAACAUGACCGUCCUGGCCAUGCUGAUCGUGGGAGGCAACCUCGUCCGGUCCGGGUCCAUGUCGGUCGGCGACCUGACCUCGUUCAUGAUGUACACCGUCUUUGCGGGCUCCAGCCUCUUCGGGCUCAGCGGGUUCUACUCGGAACUUAUGAAGGGGGUGGGCGCCGCCAGCCGUCUGUUCGAGCUCCAGGACCGCAAGCCGACGAUCCACCAGACCACGGGCAUGAAGGUAGCCUCGGCUCAGGGCCCCAUCAAGUUCUCCAACGUCAGCUUCGCCUACCCGACGCGGCCGGCGGUGACCAUCUUCAGCGACCUCGACUUCGAGAUCCCGUCGGGGGCCAACGUCUGCAUCGUGGGGCCCUCGGGCGGCGGCAAGUCGACCGUGGCCUCGCUGCUCCUGCGCUUCUACAACCCGACCAGCGGGACCAUCACGAUCAACGGCGUCGACAUCUCCAAGAUGAACGUCAAGUCGCUCCGGCGGCGCAUCGGCAUGGUGGCGCAGGAGCCCGUCCUCUUCUCGGGCACCAUCGCCGAGAACAUCGCGUACGGCAAGCCCGAGGCCAGCCGGGCCGAGAUCGUGGCGGCGGCCAAGAAGGCCAACUGCGGCUUCAUCAGCGACUUCCCGGACGGGCUCGAGACGCAGGUCGGGCCGCGCGGGGCGCAGCUGUCGGGCGGGCAGAAGCAGCGCAUCGCGAUCGCGCGGGCGCUCCUCAAGGACCCGGACAUCCUGCUGCUGGACGAGGCGACGUCGGCGCUCGACGCCGAGUCCGAGACGCUCGUCAACGCCGCGCUCGCCGCCCUCCUCCAGGGCCGCCGCCGCACCACCAUCUCCAUCGCCCACCGCCUCUCGACCAUCAAGCGCUCCGACCGCAUCAUCGUCCUCUCCAGCGAGGGCACCGUCGCCGAGGUCGGCAGCUACGCGGAGCUCAGCGCGGACAAGAACAGCGCCUUCAGCAAGCUGAUGGAGUGGCAGCUGAGCGGCGGCGACGCCCCGCCGGAACACAGGCCUCCGAGUGCCGGGGGCAGGAUCUUGGAGAGGGAGGAGAUCGAGGAAGAGUUGCGCCGCCGUGAGGAGGAGGAGGAGGAGGAAGAGGAGGAAGAGGGGAGUGAGAGGGAGUCGGCCGAAGAAAAAGAGAAGAAGAAGAAGGAGGAGGAGGAGGAAGCGAAGCGGGAAGAAUAGAGGGCUUGAGGAAGCGUAACGGUCUUUGUGGAAUCAAGCCCGGAUCUUCAGCCGCCUGGUGUUGUUGCCCUUGAGGGCGGGUGGGUUAGCAAUGCCCGUCAUCUCGAUUUGAAGAAGAGGGAAGAAAAAAAAAAGUAUAGUACGACUGGGGGGGUUGUCUCGAUCUCG